AUGUCAAAGCCUAUAAAGACCACAUCGUCCAAAAUUGACGCAGCUCCUACUCCUCACAAUACGCCAUCCAGUGUUUUAGGUAGCUCUUACCUGAGGAAUGGAAAUCCAGCUCGUGGUGUCCCUCAGACUAUCAACGAAGAAGACAUCACUUCUGCACUAGCCAAUAACCCACAGCUUUUGGCCUCUAUCCAAGACAAACUAGGGGACUUGGUGGGCCAAGAUAGCGGUUACGUGUCGUCUUUGCCGCAUGCAGUGAGAGACCGGAUUUAUGCUUUGAAAAAGCUGCAACGGGAUCUGUUCGAGUUGGAGAAGGACUUUCAGUUGGAGAUGUUCGAGUUGGAGGAAAAGUACUUACAAAAGUACGCCCCAGUCCACCAACGUCGUUUCGAAAUUGUCAAUGGCAAGCAAGAACCUACGGCCCGCGAGAUUGAAGUGGGCAAGCAAGUGGGUGAUGAACUAGACACCGUUGCGGAAGAGCCCGAGGCUGAGGACGAGGAAGAGGAAGACGAAAACGAUAAAAUCAGCGGUAUUCCUUCUUUUUGGCUCACAGCGUUUGAAAACUUACCCAUGGUUUCGCAAACGGUGACAAGCACUGAUGCAGAGGUCCUUGAGUUUUUAGCUGACGUUAAGCUUGAAUACUUAACUGAAGGCAAGCCUGGAUUUAAACUGGUGUUUGAUUUCGACCCUGAAAAUCCAUUUUUCAGCAAUGCACAAUUGGUCAAGACGUACUACUACCAAUCAGAAUUGGGCUACUCGGGAGACUUUAUCUAUGACCACGCUCAAGGAUGCAAAAUUAACUGGACCGACAACGACUCUAACGUCACCAUUGCAGUGGAAAAGCGCAAGCAGCGCAAUAAAACCACAAAGCAGGUGCGCACGAUCGAGAAGAUCACUCCUGUAGAGUCAUUCUUCAAUUUUUUUGAUCCACCUAAACUCCCAGCCAAGGUUGGCGACCAGUCUUCAAGCGGCGGCAAAGAUGACGAAGAAGAAGAACAAGAAGAAGUAGAAGAUGAAGACGAAGACUCUGAGGAAGUUGCCGAGCUAGAAUCUCGCUUGGCCCUGGAUUACGCCAUUGGUGAAGAGUUUAAAGACAAACUGGUACCACGUGCCGUGGAUUGGUUUACGGGCGCCGCCAUCGAAUUUGAAUACGAUGCAGAGGAUGGCGCGGAUGAUGAAGGUGACUUUGAUUCUGAAGACGACGAAGAAGAGGACGAUGAGGAUGACGAGGAUGACGAGGAUAACCAGGACGACUCAGGAGACGAAAGUGAACCCAAUGACUUCCAGCAGCGCGGUACAAACUCUAAAGAGCAACCACCAGAGUGCAAACAAGCUUAG